GUAUGUUGUGGUGCUGUCAAUAGGACUACACAGCCGAUACUCGAUGACGGGAAGACUGCCUGACCUUUACGAAGCUAUCCGGCUUGGCCUGGAGGCUCUGGAAAAUUCGGCGGGAAACUGUCUGGGAGACCAUGAAAACAAGCUGUGGCUGCUCGGCAAUCUGACAUUAUGGUUUGAAGAUAAGUAUCUAAGGGAAGGUUCCGAAGCAGACCUUGAACAGGCUAUAAAACUCCGGCGCGAGGCUGAAGAGACUUGGAGUAUGCUGCAGAGUGAAAACUGGGCUUCUAGACUUUGCGAUAUCAAUGGCGGCUACUAUAACAUGCACCUAGGGACGACGAGAGAGUGGGCACCUCUCCAAACGUCAAGUCACGGCGUCAUCCAAGUUACACUACAAGAUUCUCGAGACUAUUCCACCAGGCUACACAAUCUUGGGGCUGCGUGUUUCACGCGUUUCAAAAGAACAGGACUGGUAGAAGAUCUCUCAGCCGCUCUCUCCCUUUGCAGGACAUCGGUCGACGAUACACCACGUGAGCAUCUGAUGAGGCCAGAUCGGCUUUUGAGCCUCGGGGAAUGCUAUGAUGCCCUCUAUUCUGAGAUGGAGCCCGGGGGAGGCAACGGCAGUGUGCCAACACAAGAUGAAAAUCCUCUGCACAAAGCAAUCGAGUUAUUCCAGGAUGUCAUCGACACGGCGGCUCCGAACAAGCCAACCUACGUCUCUGCGCUCCACCGUCUUGGCGUUUUGUAUGACGACAGGUUUCAGCUUACAGGUGACCUGGCAGACCUCAAGAUGUCACUCCACUUGUGCCAGGAGUCAGUGGAUAUUACACCUAAGACACACCCCGAUCGGGGCGCCCGGCUUCGGAAUCUAGGAUUGGCCAGAAAAAAGUGUUACCAGAUUUUCCACAAAACGGACGAUCUUGAAGUGGCCUUGCAGUUACUCCGGGAAGCCGCAGAUAUCCCAUCACAACACGCUGCACCCCGGGCUGACCUUCUGAAAGAACUGGGAGCUGUCUGUCACGCAAAGUAUGAUGUCACAAGGAAAGCGGCUGAUCUCGAUGCAGCUUUGGGGUUUUACCAGGACGCAUACGAGACAUUCCCAGAUAGUGGACCUUUCGUGACCGAGAUACUUGGGUACCUAGGACGGGUAUAUCUCGACAAAUAUAAGAUGACGGAAAUAGAGUGGGAUUUUGAGAGAGCAGCUCGAGCCUUGCAGAAAGCCCUAGAUGGAACACCACAGGAUUUACCAAAUAGGAUGCGCCGGCUGGUUGAUCUCGCACGGUGCUACCUAGCUGGCCAUGUAAAAACGGGCACAGCGGCAUACUUGGAGACGGCGAUUCAGUAUUCCCGCGAAGCCACAACACGCGCGAUGCCAGCAGAGCAUCCAGGCCAUCUUGUGGCGUUAAGAUCGCUCGGAGACUGUUAUGCUGCCAUAUACAAGGCAACAGGGCGGGACUCGGAUCUCGAGGCAGCGAUUACGUCGUAUAACGAAGCCUUGAACUCGUCUUCUCCGGGUGCCACUCCAGGGGAUUUCUUGGCAGUCGCCCGAGACCUCCUCUUGGCAUUGAUACAAGGCAAGAAGUGGGAACAGGCUUGGCUUGUCGCUAACAGCGCCAUAUCGCUGAUCCGAUCAUACACGCCGCGGUUCCUUGAGAAUCUAGAAAGCCAAACCUUGCUGUCUCGAAUCAGCGGUUUGGCGUCGGACGCUGCGGCCGUCGCGCUCAGCUUCGGACGUCAGCCACUUGAUGCGAUCCAAUUUCUUGAAGAAGGCCGCGGCAUAUCUGCACAGCUCCUGAACGAAUUACGUACCGACGUAUCACUGUUUGCGAGAUAUGAGCCCGAGCUUGCAAAAACGUUCCUUGGCCUCCGCGAUCAACUAGAGGCUCCUCAGGUGGCAAGCCACAUUCCUCGGCUACCCCUAAGCCGCGAUGGAGAAGAAAACCGGACCUCUCUGCGCGGAAUAACUCGGCAUAUUACAGCCAGCAGCGGGAUCGACAAAUUCAUUUCCGAAUUUCACCUUAGCAACCAACGUCUUUCGCUCUUCCGUAGUGUUCCAGAUGAAGCCGACCUCGACCAUGCCGGAAGGGAAGGGCCCAUUGUUAUGAUCAACGUGAGCUAUCGCUGCGAUGCUUUCCUUAUCCGUAGGGGAGACGACUUGAUCCGGGCCUUGCCUUUGCCAAGGCUUUCCAGAGAAGAUAUCGAAGAAAAGGCUGUACAAGGCAAUCUUGGAAGUCCUCAAGUGCUCGAAUGGCUUUGGGAUACUGUCACGGGCCCGAUCCUGGACGCACUUGGGUUCACUAAACCGCCGCGUUCGGAUGGCGAUGAUGACUGGUCACGCGUACGGUGGAUUCCCACCGGUGCCCUAAGCAGAUUUCCGCUCCACGCGGCAGGACGACACGACAAGGGCUCCAGCGAAGCCGUAAUCGACAGGGUAAUGUCCUCAUAUAGCCCAUCUAUCGGAGCCAUCAUCCGGGGCCUUCAGUUUCGCCGUAAGGAGCCUACAGUUACCAAGGCACUACUCGUCGCCAUGGAGUACACCCCAGGUAGUGCAAGGCUCCCUUUUGCAACGAAAGAGUUGGCCAUGCUGCGCAGACUUUUUCAGGACUCGAUGUCAGUACAACUCAUCGAGCUAACACAACAACGUACGCAAGAAGUCCUCUCUAGUCUGCAAGACUGUGACAUCUUCCAUUUCGCUGGCCAUGGCUACACGGACCCCAAUAACCCCUUGCAGAGCCACCUGCGUUUGGAGGACUGGAAGGCCAAUCCCCUCAGGGUAGCUGAUCUGCUAGCCAUCAACCUCAGCGAGCGGCCCCCGUUUCUUGCCUAUCUCUCAGCGUGCGGGACCGGCAAAAUCGACGACGGAAAACUCCUCGACCAGAACAUCCACCUGAUCAGCGCGUGCCAACUGGCCGGGUUUCGGAAUGUGAUAGGCACCCUGUGGGAGGUCAAUGACGGCAUCUGCGUCGACGUGGCGAGGAUAAUGUACCAGGGGUUGCGAGACGAGGGCAUAACGGAUAGGUCUGUGUGUCGGGCGCUCCACAGGGCAAGUCGAGAACUUCGAGAUCGUUGGCUUCGCGGCGUCGGCGGUGCGCCGGCAUCGUCCGGUGGCAAGGUUAUGGACGAUAAUGGGCUAUCGAUCGCAGUGUCAGAGAAGCUCGUAAUAACGGUAAAUGGUAGAGAAACUGCCGAGAGCGACGCUGACAGAGGCGAUGGUGAGGGCGAGGGCGAGGGCGCGAGCAAUAGUGGCGUCCGGUUACCGAGAACCGUGUUUAGUUGUGAUGAGGAUGAUGAGAUGGGACUAGCUCACUGGGUUCCCUAUGUUCACUUUGGGGCAUAA